AUGUGUCUUAUUAGUGCUACCGUGCAGCUGACGAGCGCAGUGGUUGGUACCACCGAAGAUGACACGGCGCUCACCAUGGAAAUCGCCAUCGAAACGCCACAAGGUCCUCGAACGGAGGAGGUCGCGGCCUUAGCAACCGACCUGGGCGACUGCCAAUCAGGUGAGGCGUGUCAAAAUGGCGGGCAAUGCAGACCUUCAACGACUCAAGAAGACGGGAAGAUUGCCAAGGCGGUCUGCGUCUGCCCGCUAGGCUAUUCUGGUUCACGGUGCACUGAGAAGGAAACUCAGCCGAGGUUUCCAGAGCUGCUAGAUGGUGGCUACAUCGCUUUCGGAGGUUACCUGUUGCCUGAUUUUGGACCUCUGUCCAUGCGCCUUCAAAUUAAACCCAAACUCCUGCGACCGCGGACACUACUCCUGUUCCACGUUGCAACAGCUCGUGGGUUGGCAUUCCACUUGGAGGUUAACGAUGGAAACUUCAAAUUCAGAGGUAUAUGGGAAAAAGUAUAUGACAAAUUCCAAUUGGUUCCAAUCAAUUACAGGGUUUACAACCAGUCAAAAAGUGGUCACUUCCACCUCUCACAGUAUCUCGAGAGUCCAGUUAAAUUCGAAGAAAUUCGAGGUCGAUUCACUGACAUUGAAGUGGGUCUCCGAUUGGGUGAUCAGGCGUACCUUUUGGUCGACGAUCGCGAGGCUAAGAGGCAUCUGUAUCGAUUGAACCCUUUUGUUGUUUACAUUAAGGACGUAAUUCCUGAACUGUUUGAAGGUUUCGGCAUUGACACUGUCGAGGUGCCAUCAAUCUCAAAGCAGCCAAUCUACAUUGGAGGUCACCCAUCACUCCUUCUUCGCAAUCAGUUCCCAUUGGUUGAGGGUGCAGCAAACAAUCUAAUUGGUUGUCUGGGUGAUAUCCACUUUAACGGAGAACUAGUUGACCCUCGUAGGGGUGCGUUUGUGGGCGACGCUAUUGACGGCUACGGAAUCGCGCGCUUUUCGCACACUGAUUUAAACAACAUGCAAGCUCAGAUUAUAAUAUUGCAUAUAGCCUUGAUGCCAGUGAUUCCAGAAUUUGUUGGCAACUCCUACAUCGGUUUGCGAGGAUUUGCUGAUACCUCGUGGACUGAUACACUUCUGGAAGUUAUCUUUUACGCCAAAAAUCCAACAGGACUGCUGAUCUAUUCGGGAUUCUCGUUCGACAGACGUGGUGACUUUAUUUGUGUAGCUCUCGUUGAUGGCUUCAUCGCGGUCAGCUUUGAUCUCGGAACAGGUCCGUCGUUUCAAAAAAGUUCUCAAAAUAUCAGCAUGGCCACCUGGCAUCACCUCCAGGUUAAACGGAUCGGUCGCAGUUUUAACGUCCUCAUCGACGAUGAAGCUGUUUCCAAGCCAACAGAAAGCUUCACCCACGGAAACUUUGUCCAAUUAACAAUUACGGAUAACCUCUUGAUUGGAGGUCACCCAGAACCCGAUCACGUGUCUGCCCUGUUACCAGAUCGGCGCAAGAUUGUUUCCUACAAAGGAACUCGCCAUUUCAUUGGCUGCAUCCAAUCCGUAUUGAUUAAUGGUCAGCGCCUGGAUCCAAUCAGAGACGCCGUAUCGGCAGCGAAUGUUGCGAACUGUUAUAGUCACGAGUGCUCACAGCCAAUCACGCCAUGCGGAUUGAAUGUGAGUGUCUGGUGUUUAAACGGGUGCAUUUUAGGUGGCUGUACGCAAUCGAUAAGGGAUAGACUGGCGUUCCUGAGAGAAUUUCAAGGUCACACGAAAUCGACCGGUUUUCGUGGAUGCAUUGGAGAUAUCCGAGUUAACGAACUUCCUCUCCACUUUACAAAUGCCACGCACUCACAAAACAUUGACGAAUGUGUGGAUUCCGAGCUAUAA